AUGUGUAAAAUAUUACGAGAUCUCCUGGAACAAUGGUGUCUUCCUGAAGAAAUAAUCACAGAAUUCGAAAAGCUUUUGAGUCUAGGAUACCACCUAAGAUCUAAAGAAACACAAGAUGAGCAACUCGUAAUUGACACAAAUAAAAAUGUUACAAACAAUGUCAUACAUAACUCUAAAGUUGAAAAUAUUGUUAAUAUAGUCGACAGUAACACUGCAGAUGCAUUAAUUGCUUCUCCGAUAGCAAGUGAUAAUGAUUGGAUCUUUUCUGACAAAGAAGUAAAAAUAUUACUUGUAGAAGACGAAAAGGAAAAUGAAGAUAAAGGGCUAACAUUUAAUGAAAUUGGAGAAACACCCCAAAAAAAACAAAAACUCAGUUUUUUUAAAAGCCAAGAAUAUACAAAUUCGGACGAAUUACAAGCCAAUAAAUUAGAAAAUAAAAUUUCAAUAUUUAAAGAAGAAACAAAAAGAACUGAUUGUUCAACUGAUAAUAAUUAUGAUUUAGAACGUAUUUUAAAAAAUUCAGUGAAAGGUCACUCCGUUUUAUCUGCAUAUCAAUUCCAAGGGGAAUUAGAUGAAAAGCAUCGAAACAUUUUGGCUGAUAUUAUUGUGCAUCAUGAACUAAAAGAUAAUUUAAAUGCUCGAGUUACUUCUGAACGUGCAGAGUUUAUUGCUGAAAAAAUAAUUAAUUUAUUUCCUAAAGAAGAAAAGGAUACUUGGAUACUUAGAGAAAAAAAUAAAAAAGGUAAAAGUGUUGGAAGAGGUAAAAUUUUGAUCAAAUUUCAAACUAUAAGAAGAAACUUAAUCAAAUCUGGAGCUAUUGUGCAAAUAAAAAAGGAGCAAGAAAGAGAAGAAACAGACGAUUGUUUUGAAGGUGACACGGAUUAUGAGCAAUAUAUUUUGUGGUUGCAAAACAAUGAUACACCGUGGAUUAAAGUAACUCAAUUAUGGGAGAAAACAUCAAAAAUAAGACUAAAAUCUUUACGAUCCGAUAAUCAAAGUAUCCAAGACUACAUUAGACUUUAUUCUGCUUUAGAAGCAUCUCAGGGAUAUACUUUAUUGGAAAAGGAUUUUGAGGAAUUAUAUCCUGAUGCACAUAUGAAACUAUAUGCGGAAUGGGCUAAAUUAUCAUGUUUCAUAGAAAAAAAAUUAACUAAAAUAGAACCUAAAUUCAAAGCAGCUUCAAAUCCAGAAAAAAAAACAAUACAGCUUUUGCUGCGACUACCUUCUCUCUUUCCGAUAUAUACCGCAGUUGUCGGAAAAGGAAGAGGUUGUAAUUGGCGACCAUCGUUAUGUGAAAGACGAGAAGCAUUUUUAUGGGAAAUGGAGACAUAUGGCGAUUUAAACACUAAAAUCCAAGAAAGAAGAGAGAAGUUAAAUAUUUUCAAAUUGACAUUGCAACCACAAGCUGUCAUUAUAGGCUCAUCAGAAACUGACAAAAGGCGUAGCUUUGUCAUUGUUGAUACAAUACGCUACGAAGUGGAAACACCGUUAAAAGCUAUAGAUAUAGCUUUCAAAUGUAUUCACAGUUUGCAUGCUGAAUAUCCUAAAGAAUGUGAACAAGUUUUUCUUUUUCUACAGAAAGGUAUCUACGGUAUUAAUACAAAAUAUGAUAAGAAAUUUAGUGCUGUUAGUACUUUGGUUAAGGAAUAUGAGAUUUUUUCCUUAUGAAAAACGCGUCUUUUAUUACAUAAAAUGUAUUUUAUUACAUUUGUCAUUAGUAUAGUUAUAAAACGUUUUCAUUUUUAUUUCAUUUGAUUUAGAGAAAUUUCUUUAAAAUUUUUUCUCAAAGAAUGUCCUUUAUUUCUUUUACAAGUUUGAUUCAAAUAUUUAUGUUUAUUUUGAAUAUUGUAGUUCCAAUGAAAAAAGACUGUAAUAAUACUAUAAAUUCUGUAAUACAGAAGUCGAUGUUUUAUUAAAAAAUAUUUAAAUUUUGAUUAAAAUUGAUUACA